AGUGGACUUUGAUUCAUGGGUACCUUUUGUGAUUUAGACAGUAAUGAUUGUUUGGCACAUAUCUCAAAGACCAAGGGAGCUCCUCAGUCCCAAUAAGUCCGUCCCGUACUUGUUUAGUAUUUUGUUGUCAUCUCCAAAUCUGCUUAUAGUGGAUGCAGGUGAUAGUGAAGCUACGCGCCUUUGGCUGUAAAUAAAAGCGACCUGCGUGAAAUCAUGUGACCCCGAGGUUCCUGUCUUACCUGGAUGGAAUCACAGGAUAAAUGUUCGACCCCACUUGGGUAACGCUUCAUGGAUUACUUGCGAGCGGGGAGGGACAAGAGGCAAAGAGGAUGAGGCUGGGAAAAAAAGAAGAAAGGAGAACCAGGACUUCCCUUCAGGCAUCUGAACAAGUCUGGACUGCUCUGCUGCUGCUGCUGCUUGUGUUCAGCCUUCGCUAAGGCAGCCUCGGGAAUCAGAAAUUGCCAUUGCAGUCUUGGCUGUCUCAUGCAGGGAUGCAACACGCGAAUUAAGUAACUGAGCUGCUGUUGAUGCGUUUUGAAGCUGUGGCACUGGACACGGGGGGCUGUGAAUACUACUACUGCGUGGCCAGACCGUGCACGGAGACCUAGGGCUGGAUAUGCCACAGGUGGAAAGGUGCGGAGCUGCAGGCUGUGGCCCGGUGCACGGAGCAGAGAUCCAUAGGUUGUGAAGAUGUGGACCUACGUUUUUGUUGUGACUGUGCUGUUAUCCAUCUUGAAACAGACUGAAGCUCAGGGCAGGUGCAAUAAUGUGCAAGCAGCAGAUAUUGUUUUCCUAGUUGACGGCUCUUCCAGUAUUGGCCGAGUGAACUUCCUGCAGGUGAAGACAUUCAUGGCUGGAAUCGUCAAGCCAUUUGUCAGCUCUGUCAGUGAGUCGGGCAUACGGUUUGGGGCCAUACAGUACAGUGACACCUCCAGGGUUGAAUUUACCUUUACUGCCUACCUGAAUGGUACUGCGCUGGUCAGUGCUGUAGAGAAUCUAAAAUAUAAGGGUGGAAACACACGCACAGGUGCUGGUCUCAAGUUUGUCUCCGAUAACUUCUUCAACUCUGCAUCCAGUCGGGAUGUCCCAAAGAUCACUAUCCUGAUCACAGACGGGAAGUCACAGGACUUUGUGCAGGAGCCAGCAGAGAAGCUGCGCAGCCAAGGGGUGUAUGUUUUUGCGGUUGGUAUAAAGAGUGCAGACAGCAUCGAAUUAGCUCAGAUAUCCUCCCAUCCCAGCGAUGAUUUCACCUUCUUUGUUGGGGACUUCAAACUGCUGAACACACUUAUUCCUCUUGUGAGUCCCCGCGUGUGUUCCACAGCAGGAGGGGUCUAUGCUAGUGAUGAGGCAUUUUCUGGUCCAUCCAACAUCCAGUUUACAGAACAGACGUCUGAUUCUCUCAGGUUUCGCUGGAGUCCUGCAGGGGGGCCUGUGAGUGGCUAUGUGGUCCAGUACGUGCCGCUCUCCGGCCUGGGUCAGUCUAUCACAUCAGAACUGCGUCAGGAGACUGUCUCUGCCAGUCAGAGGACCUUUACCGCACGAGAGCUGAGGUCAGGGACAGACUACAUGGUGACUGUCAUCGCUCAGUAUCCCAAUAGUGUGGGAGAGUCUGCUUCUGCCAGUCAGAGAACCCGGUCAUUGCCAGGUGUCUCCAGUCUGCGUUUGGUCCGGGCAGGCUUCUUCUCGCUCACUGUGGGCUGGGAUCAGCCUUCAUCUCCCAUUCAGAGAUACAGACUCACCUAUGGAGCACGAGGUCACCCAAAGUCCCAGCUGCGGGAGCAGUCUCUGUCUGCAGACUCCACGUCCGUCACCUUAGAGUCACUUCAGCCUGACACAGAGUACGUUAUCAGCCUCUACCCCCUAAUCCCCCGAAACUCUGCAUCCCCGUCCAUCCUCAAUGCCCGCACAUUGCGCCUUGAGGCAGUGCAACAGUUAUCAGUGGAGACUGAGUCAGAGGGCAGUGUUCGUGUGCGGUGGAGAGCCGUCAGUGGUGCGCAAGCCUACCGUCUGGUCUGGGGACCCUUUACAGGUCAAAGUGUAGAGACGGUGGAGGUUCCUGGUGAGGUUUACACUUUGUCCAGGCUGCAGCCCAACAUCGAGUACAUCGUCACUGUCAUCCCACUGUAUGAGGGCAACACAGAGGGCCCUGUAGCCACGACCAGAUUCAAGAUAGAGGGUCGGGAGCAGCAGGAGCUCAGAGCAGCUACCACCAGCCCCUCCUCUAUCCGCCUCACCUGGAGAGUCAUUCAGUCAUCUCAGGGGUACCGCCUGGAGUGGAGGGAGGGGGAAGGAGGCCGUGCCCAGAGUCUGACCUUUCCUAGAAGCACUUCCACCCAUCUGCUAACAGGCCUUCGGCCCAAUACAGACUAUCUCAUUACCCUGUAUACCCUGUACGAAGAUCGUGAGGAAGCCACACCUGUGUCCCCUGUAUCCAGAGUGGAUCAGACAGUGGGGAGGGUGUCUAACCUGCGAGUUGUGGAGUCUCUGGGCAGUAUUAUCAGACUUGGCUGGACAGGUGUAACUGGGGCCACGCAGUAUCGCAUCGUUAUCAUAAACGAUGAAGAGGGAACAGAGGACAUGCAGAUUAUCCCUGGAAACCAGACGACCCUUGACCUCAGAGACCUGAAAGUGGGUGUGUCUUAUGGUGUCAGCGUCACAGCACUUGUGGGAGAAAAUGAAGGCGACCCAGUUACUGUCUACAUCAAACCAGAGCAAGCUGUUGGCAGAGUGGCUAACCUCAGAGUGAUAAACACAAACAGUCGGAGAGUUCGAAUUGCCUGGACAGGUGUUCCUAGGGCAACAGGGUACAAGGUUACUUGGAGACAAGGCGACGGUGCAGAGCAGUCCCGUCUUCUGGGAGCAGAAGCCACCUCCUACACUAUAGACGGCCUGCAACCAGAUGAGCCGCUGGUUAUUGGUGUUGCAGCUGUUGCUGGCCAACACACUGGAGAGGUGCUGACACUGUCUGCUCGGACUAAUCCCCUCACUGGAUCAGUGUCUGGGCUUCGCAUUGUUGAUAUUACAUCUCAGAGGAUACGCAUUGAAUGGUUACUUUCCUCAAGGGCAACUGGCUAUAAGAUCACCUGGCGUCGUGAUGAUGGAGUUGAAACAACUCGGACUGUGGCUGCUGAUGUCUCUUCCUUCACCAUUGAUGACCUACAGUCAGAUUCAGCCUAUAGUGUAUUAGUUUCUACACUGAGUGACUCUCGAGAGGGAAAGCCAUCCAUCCUUAAUGUCAAAACAGGUUCAGAUCUUGUUGGGACUGUUACAUCACUGCAAGUCCUGGAGCCCCGUGGAGAGGUUGUCCGAAUCACUUGGGUUGGUGUGCAGGGAGCAACAGCCUAUCGUGUGACUUGGAAGAGAAUAGACGGUGGUGAAGAGAGGACUCGACUGGUGGGGGGAGAUGUGACGGCAGUGGAUUUAGAUGAACUGGACUCUGGAGUUCAGUACGAAGUGCAGGUCAAGGCUUUAAUUCAAAACAGAGAGGGAAACCCUGUGUCUGUUAGAGUCACCACACCUGGAGACCCCACCACCCCUCCCCCACUGCCUGCCAUAACAUUACGAGUGACAGAGAUUACCCAGAAUUCUGUGCGGCUGAACUGGAUUCCACUACUAGGUGCCAAAGGAUAUGUUCUACGCUGGAGAGAGGAGACAGAUGUUGGUCGAGGCCUCUCUGUUACGCUGCCUGCUUCGUCCAUCUCUUACCAGGUGCCUGGGCUGCGUUUGGGCCGUCAGUAUCACUUUAGUGUGCAGCCCAUCUUUGAAAGUGGAUUGGGAACAGAGAGCUCCGUAGAUGAAUACACCGUUUGUGACGGUGGGCGUCUGGAUGUGGUGUUUCUGGUGCCGGCAUCUACCGAUCGCAUUAGUCAUGCAAGACCUCUGCGCCAGCUCCUCACAAGUGCAACACGGUCGCUCGGCACAAUUGGAGAACGCAACUCACAGGUGGGUGUUGUAGUAUAUGGUUACAGACCCAAAAUGCGGUUCCGGCUCAAUCAGCAUGGCAGGUUAGACACACUGCUUCAAGACAUCUGGUCCACACCCUUUGAUGAAAGUCCAGGGAAUAAUAUAGGCGAGGCGGUGACUUUCACCAGACAGUACCUGCUGACCCCUUCAUAUGGACGGAGACUGCGCGUCCCUGGUGCUGUUGUCAUCAUCGCUGACAAGAAAUCAGCUGACAACCUCACUCUUGCAGCCAGCAAUCUGAGAACUACAGGUGUAACAGUGUUAGCAGUGGGUAUUGACCAGGCGGAUACUGAGGAGCUGCGCUGGGCUGUGACGGAUCACAACACCCAGAACAUCCUGUUUAUCCGUGAUGCAGCACAGCUGGAUACAAUACAUUCUGAUCUGGCAGACCUGCUCUGUGGAGUUGCCAGAACACCAGAAGUACCUCCAGGUCCAGAGCAGUGCACCAUUCAGUGCCCUCGGGGUGAGAAGGGCGAACAUGGAGACAAGGGCGAGAGAGGCAGAGACGGUGCACAGGGGUUCAAGGGAGAACCUGGUCGUGAUGGUUUGCCUGGUAGGGACGGCCCGAGAGGCCCUGAAGGACGCCAAGGUCCACCAGGCCAAACUAUCCAGGUUGAUCCCUCACCGGGGGUGAAAGGAGAAAAGGGGGAUAGAGGUUUUCCUGGUAUUAAUGGAAAUACAGGGUUGCCAGGUCGACAGGGUUCCCCUGGGGCCCCGGGUUCACAAGGCCCGCCUGGUGAUAGAGGAAACCCAGGUCAACCGGGUACGACAGGGCUACCAGGGCUGAAGGGCGACAAAGGGGAAAGGGGUGAACCAUCCUCAUUUGGAGGUGGUCUUCCAGGGAGGAAAGGAGAACCAGGCACUGCAGGGUUACCGGGUACUCCAGGUCGCCCAGGCAGUGACGGGGCCAAAGGGGACCCUGGAUAUCAUGGGACACCAGGUCAGGAUGGUCGCCCAGGGAUACCAGGAACACCAGGACUUUCCAUCAAGGGAGACAAGGGCAGCCCAGGAGAGAGGGGACCUCCAGGAAUAGGCAGUGGGGUGGCUGUGAAAGGCGACAUGGGCUCCCCAGGUCCUCCAGGACCUCAAGGUCCUAGAGGGCUCACAGGACCACAGGGCAGCAAAGGAGACAAGGGUGACAGCACUGUUGGGCCACCUGGACCUCAAGGCAGGCAAGGAGAUCCUGGAGAUAGGGGCCCCCGUGGGCCUCCAGGAGAAACUUCCAGCAAGGGUGACCGAGGACAGCCAGGGGAGCCUGGAUUACAGGGAGACAGGGGGGAGAGAGGACCAGCUGGUGAAACUGGGGAGAGAGGGGACCCAGGGAAGCCAGGCCCCCCAGGAACAGCAGGACUGAGAGGCUUACCAGGGCCCAGUGGACCACCAGGAGAAAAGGGAAAUGACGGAGCACGAGGGGAGCCAGGCAGAAGUGCUCAGGGUUUUCCAGGAAAGAAAGGGGAACAGGGGGAGCAGGGCCUGCCUGGUCGCGAGGGGCUGAGGGGAGAAAAAGGAGAGCCAGGACAAAGAGGAGAGAAAGGGUCUCCAGGGUCAGGGGUGUCAGGUAUUGUUGGACCUAAAGGAGAGCCUGGAGAGCCAGGAGCUUCUGGUGCUAGUGGGAGGCCAGGUGCCAAGGGAGACCCGGGCGAACCAGGAGAGAGGGGGGAAAAUGGGCGACCAGGAAUCCCAGGAAGGUCCGGUAUCCCUGGGAAAGAGGGAGAGAAAGGUGAGAAGGGUGACGAAGGCACUCCUGGCGAGUCUGGACUUCCAGGGAAGUCAGGAGAAAGAGGACUGAGGGGACUGGCUGGUCAGCCCGGACGGCCAGGAGAGAAAGGAGACAUGGGAGACCCAGGAGAGCAAGGACGAAAUGGCAGCCCAGGACCUGUGGGGGCAAAAGGAGAGAGAGGAGAACAGGGACCUCAAGGGCCUUCAGGACCACCAGGAAAAGUGGGUGACAUCCAGCGCCAGCUGAAAGGAGAGCGAGGAGACAAGGGUGAUGCCGGUGACCCAGGAGAGCAUGGCAGCAAAGGUCAUAAAGGCGAAGCAGGGACUCCUGGAGCCCCAGGCCUACAAGGUCCAGAGGGACAACGGGGGCCUGCAGGCACAAGGGGUGACCCUGGAGAAAGAGGAACACCUGGAGACAAGGGUGAAAGGGGAGCAUCAGGGUUAGACGGACGUCCUGGUCUGGAUGGUAAACAAGGUGCUCCUGGACCACCUGGUCAGAGGGGUGAUCCUGGGAAACAGGGGGACCCUGGGAGAGAUGGUUUACCUGGACUUAGAGGGGAACAGGGCCCCCCAGGGUCUGUUGGGCCUCCAGGCAAUCCAGGUACCCCAGGCAAAGCAGGUGACGAUGGUAAACCUGGGCCUCCUGGCAAAGCGGGUGAGGAUGGAGUGCCAGGUGAAGAUGGGAGAAAGGGUGACAAAGGAGAAGCAGGAGUAGCUGGAAGACAUGGCGGUGAUGGGCAGAAAGGAGAUCGGGGCCUUGCUGGGUCUGAGGGGCCCCCUGGUCCCCCGGGACCACCUGGAGUACCUGGCAGCAUAGGGCCACCUGGGCAGGUUGUGUAUGUAAAAGGAGCUGAAGCAGCACCAAUCCCCGGCCCACAGGGGCCUCCAGGAACCUCUGGUAUCCCUGGGAUCCCAGGAGAUGUGGGAGCCAGAGGAGAGAGGGGUCCUCCUGGUUCUAAAGGUGAAGCUGGAGACCCAGGAGAGGAUGGGUUGCCUGGUAAACCCGGGACAGCAGUGGAUCUACAGAAGGCUCUGGCCAGCUUUGGUAUUCUGGUGUCUGAUCUGAAGGUGGUUGUGGACAGGAAGGACAUACCAGUAGCUCCUCCAGUGCAGAAGGCAGAGAAAGGUGAAAGAGGAGACAGGGGGGAACCAGGACCAAGGGGGCCAUCUGGUGCCGAUGGUGCUCGAGGUUUUCCAGGGGAGAGAGGAGAAAAAGGGGAACAGGGGGAGCGAGGACCUGUGGGACCAACUGGGCCUACUGGAAGAGCCAUUGGAGAACGGGGGCCAGAGGGACCCCCAGGGCCUGCUGGAGAACCAGGCAAGCCGGGAAUACCAGGUGUUCCUGGGCGAGCCGGGGAACUUGGGGAGGCUGGAAGACCAGGAGAUAAAGGGGAAAGAGGAGAGAAAGGUGACAGAGGAGAAUCGGGUAGAAUUGGGUCAACAGGACCAGCUGGCCCACCAGGCCAAAAGGGAGAAUCUGCUGAUUCAGGAUUGAUUGGUACACCUGGGGCCAGGGGCCCUCCUGGACUUGCUGGACAGAAGGGAGAGCCUGGUGCUGCAGGACCACUAGGGCCUAAAGGAGAUCAGGGUUUUAUCGGCCCUCAAGGUGAAAAAGGAAACAAAGGAGAGUCUGGAGAAAGAGGACGCGAUGGCUCACCGGGUACACAAGGAGAACCAGGGAAACCUGGUCAGGAUGGGAAACCGGGCAUGCCUGGGUUCCCAGGAGUUCUAGGCAGACCGGGAAACCCAGGAGAGCCUGGUAUAAGGGGACAAACUGGAUCCACAGGUGCCAAUGGGCCUCCAGGUCCACCGGGUGUGAAAGGUGAUCUAGGAGAACCAGGUGUUGGUGUCAAGGGUCCUCCUGGUGCCCAAGGGAACCCAGGCUUGUCAGGGCCACCAGGCCCUCCAGGAACUGUAGGUCCACAGGGCCCACCAGGACUGCCAGGGCAGGUGGGUGAAGCAGGAAAACCUGGAGUUCCAGGAAGAGAUGGGGUGCCUGGAAAAGAAGGACUUCCUGGACUACCAGGAAAGCAGGGCAUUGCUGGACCUCCAGGCCAAUCCGGCUUAAAGGGGGAGCAGGGAGACAGCGGUCCGCCAGGAAAGGCAGUGGCUGGACCCCCUGGACCCAAAGGAGAUAGGGGUCUUCCUGGUCAAACACUGCCAGGCACAGCUGGAGAGGGAGGUCUACCUGGGGAAAAGGGUGACAGAGGGGACAAAGGUUCUGCUGGCACCAGAGGAGAGAGAGGAGUGGCUGGUGAACCAGGAGAGACUGGAGAAGAUGGUUCACAGGGACCUCCUGGGCCAAAAGGAGAUAAGGGAGAGAAGGGCAUAGGAUUGGUGGGUCCUCCUGGUCGGGAUGGGCCAGUGGGUUUGAAGGGAGAUCCAGGCCUUCCUGGUCCAGCUGGCCCGCCAGGGCCACAGGGGAAGUCUGGUGACACCGGGCAGCCUGGCUUGAGGGGAGAAAACGGGCAACCAGGACCUCCAGGACUGCAGGGGGAGAGGGGUCUUCAGGGUUUUGCAGGUCGUGCAGGAAAUGCUGGAGCUCCUGGUCCUUCUGGACCUCCUGGAGAAGCAGGCUCUCCUGGUACCAAUGGGGUCAAAGGGGACAAGGGAGAAGUUGGUGUUGGAAUUCCUGGUCCCAGAGGAGACAGAGGAGAGCCGGGGACCAGAGGCGAGGACGGUCGGGCCGGCUUAGAUGGGGAGAGAGGACCAACAGGACCCCCAGGGAUUCGUGGUGUUCGAGGAGAGAAGGGAGACAUCGGGCUGCAAGGUGACAAAGGAGAGAAGGGGGAUACUGUGCUUGUGGGAGGACCACCUGGAGAAAAGGGCAACAAAGGAGAAACAGGCGACAGAGGGACCAAAGGUGUGCAGGGAGAAAAAGGGUCAAAGGGUCAAGAGGGACCUCCAGGGGAGCAGGGUCUGAGGGGAGAGCCAGGAGAAAGAGGUUCUGCUGGAUUCCCGGGUGCCCGUGGCCCUGGUGGACAGAAGGGAGAAGCGGGUGAACCUGGAGUGCCUGGUGAAUCGGGUUUACCAGGCAAAGACGGGCUGGCAGGGCGUAAGGGGGAGAAGGGAGAGAUUGGUAUCGUAGGAUUGAAAGGAAUCAAGGGUGACCGAGGACCAAAGGGGGCUUGUGGGGGUGAUGGACCAAAAGGAGAGAAGGGGGAUGCUGGUAUUCCUGGACGAUCAGGCCUACCAGGAAGAAAAGGAGAACAGGGAGAUGUUGGACCUUCUGGGGCCCCUGGCACCUCUGGGAAAGAGGGGCUAGUUGGUCCCAAGGGUGAGCGUGGUUUUGAUGGGGUUGCAGGACCUAAAGGAGCUCAGGGAGAGAAAGGUGAAAGGGGUCCACCUGGUGUACCUGGCCCCCCUGGUCUCAGAGGAGUGGAUGGUCCCCCUGGCCUGACCGGCCCUCAGGGGCCGGCUGGUGCUAAAGGCCCCGAGGGGCUCCAGGGGCAGAAGGGGGAGAGGGGGCCAAUUGGUCCUGCCAUGGUCGGUCCACGGGGUAUCCCAGGCAUCCCAGGAGAGAGAGGAGAGCAGGGAGAGAUGGGUCUAGAUGGAGCCAAGGGAGACAGAGGAGAGCCAGGAAUGACGGAGGAUGAGAUCAGAGAGUAUGUUCGCUCAGAGAUGACUCAGCAUUGUGCAUGCGGAGGUUCAGGCCCAGACACUCAGUUCCAGCCCACGGUCAGGGCUCGGCCUGCACGAGAACAGCAACUGGUCAUGAAGGGUCAGGAGGGCCGUGAGUUGCAUGUUGUGGUGAACACCAACGACCCAGACUACGAGCACAUCUACUCCAUUGAGGCCUAUGAUGAGCCCUUGGACGACCUGCUCUACUUCACUCCUCCUGUCAAUCAGAGUGACGGUAAGGCUGUCAAUGUUGAACCAAACAAAUUAGCCACUGCUGAUGUUCAGAAAAAAGAAACAGCUAAAGUGACACUUCUGAAAGCAGCCCAGUCCAAAUCAGUCAGGUCCAAGAGGAAAGUCAGAGAGGAAGCUCCAGCAGAUGUGUGCCAGCUGCCCAUGGAGGAAGGGAGCUGUGGACGAUACACCCUACGCUGGUACUUUAACAAUCAGGUUCAGGCCUGCAGACCCUUCAUUUACAGCGGCUGUGAAGGCAACAACAACCGCUUCCUCCACCUGGAGGAGUGCGAGCAGGUUUGCCUUGGAGAGACUGAAGGUCCUCGUCCCUUGAAGACAGCACGGUGAUUGUGGUCAGCUCCUCCUUUUCCACAGGAAUGUUAGUCUCAAAUAUAGCUUAGCUACAUUUAGCUAGGCUAUACUUGGCUUUUAUAGAUCAUUAUUUUGUCAAACGUUAAAGAUCAGUUUUGUUUUUGUUUAUUUAUUGUUUCUUUAAGUCCAACCAAACCAUACCCUGGUUUCAGAGGGAAUACCAGUGUGCCUCCCUGGUUUACAUUCUACAAACCAUGCAAAAAAAAAAAAAAACGUGUUUAACAUUUUGCACACUGGAGACAAAGUGUGCUUCCUUUCUUUUAAACAUCACCCUGAUUUUCCCAGUUUAGCUUUGCCACGGUACUGAGGUACUUUAGUACCUUUAUCAGUUACAUGUUACGCACAGGUAAUAGAACCAGUGCCUGCAUACUUAUUAUUUAACCAGUUCAAAUGAUCUGAUUAGACUUCAGUCUGAAAACUGAAAUUUCUGGCUGUUUGUAAAUGAUGGUUAAACUUUAUACAAUUCAUCAAUCCUUUGAAAAUCAAAAUUCUUUGUAACAAUUUUCAACCUGUAUACAGUAAGUUUUAUGUUCCCUUGGCACUAUUCUUCCACUUUUUGAUAUUUACAAGUUUCACUUUUUUCUUAGUAUCUAAAGAAGUAUUUUCUGAUUUUAAAGGAAACACAUACAGCCUUAUUACAUAUUCACAGCAGCAAGCAUUUGUUGCACUUCAUUGUUUUUAAAAGGUUUGCUCGUGGUGAUGGUGGAUACAGAUUGUUUUACAAUGUUUACAAUAUUACUGUAUUGUGCCUUUGUGAAAGUCCCUGAUUAGCCUGGUUGCAUUAAGAAGGAAAAGGUCUACAUGCAUUAUGACCAGUGUUCCUCUAUGCUAAUAAGGGUUUCUUGUGUUCACUUAAACCCUAAAGAUUUCAGUCUGAUACAGCAUUGUGUAGAUGCAAGCUGAAACAAUCACAGCCUGCUUCUAACGCUGUGCAUCUGGUUGCCUUAAAAAAAAAUCAGAAAUAGUGAUUUGAAGACUUCCAUUAAAGCUGAUUGGAGUUUAGUUUACUAUGACUCAUCUCUGUAGCUGCCUUUGUGAUCAUGACGUUGGUGCCUGAAUUGUCAUGUGUCAAAGGAGAAAACCUUGAACUCAUGAAAGCUGCAUUAAGGAAGAGAAACACAGGUAGACACUCAGCACCACUGAUUGGCAGGCAUGUACCAGCACAUUUUGUUAAAUUGCAGGACAAACUACACCCUAUUAUGAACUUCAACCAUUGUUACUCGGAUGUUAUAUAAUAAGGUGCUUUUAUUAUUUUGUUCCCUCCCUGUAGCGAAGCACCCCGAAUUGUGGUUUCUGAAAAGCAAUUUCCUCAUUGUUAAUAAGCAUUUCAAAGUUUUUUUUCUAAUGAUAAUUUUAUUGUAAUUUUCCUUUACAUAGAAAAACAGCAGUCAACUAAAUAAAGUAACAAUGUCUUUCCAGAUAGUUUUUUGAUUGGUAACAAAACUAAGGUAUUUACUGUAGUGGCAUCUCACAUCUCGAUACAAUACAAUAAUAACUACACAAUCACACAUACAGUACAUUGGGUUAUUACCAGGGAUAUAGUUUUUAUCGGUUUUAUUCCAUAUGAAGAAUCAAGCACAAUAUUCUGCCAAUGUUUUGUACAUUAUAUUUUUAUUAUUUGGGGGAAGUUGUGUCUGAUCAUUACUGCAUGUUUACCAGCCAGAGAAAAGGUGCUAUUUUUAAAGGUAUUUUUAUACUGUUUAUUGAAGAUGAAAGCUUCUAUUUUUUGUGUGGUACAAACCAUUGUAUUUCUGUUGUAUUAUGGGACAUUUUAAUAAGCAUUUCUAAUAAACCCAAGGUUGAGU